AUGUCCCUCGCCGACAGCGUAGACUCCCUCCUGCCUCCAGACGACCCCGGGCGCAUCCUCUCAGUCCAGUCCCACGUCGUGUCCGGCUAUGUCGGCAACAGAGCUGCCACAUUUCCCCUCCAGACCCUGGGGUACGACGUGGACGUGGUCAACACUGUACAAUUCUCGAACCAUACUGGCUAUGGCUUCACCGAUGGGCACAAGACAUCGCCUGACGAGAUAGCGGCUAUAUUCAACGGUCUCCGUGUCAAUGGCCUUCUGACCCACCCCAAGGUCCUCACAGGGUAUAUCCCAAGUGCUUCGGCUCUGCAAGUCGUCGCGGAGAACAUCAAGAGCAUGAAAGACAAGGAUCCGGAGACUAUCUAUCUUCUGGACCCUGUAAUGGGAGAUAUGGGAACAGGUCUUUACGUCGCACAAGAUGUGGUACCUAUAUACAAAGACAUGCUCAGUCUCGCAACCAUCAUUACCCCCAACCAGUUUGAAGUCGAGCUCUUGUCAGGCAUCAAUAUCACAGACCUAGCAUCCCUCCGGAAGGCCCUCUACCACCUCCAUACCACCUCGCCUCUCCCGCAUAUCGCAUUCUCCUCCAUUCCCCUCCCCAUCGCCCUCGUCGCGUCUCUGACCCUGCCUCCCCCGCCCGAAUCUUACACCCGCUUACUGCCCCACCCUUUGCCUCCGUGGUACGAUGCAGUCGGAGUGGGCGCACCAGAAGAUGAAGUUCUGGUCUGUUUCGCGAGUAGCUGGGUGGACGGGCAGAUGGAGACGCAUGCCUUCGCGCUGCCCACCAUCCGGGGAUACUUUUCGGGCGUGGGAGACCUCUUCUCUGCUAUGGUCUUGGCGCACUUCAAAAACCCACAAGCCAAGACCGAUCUGCCGCCUCUGGCGUAUGCAGUGUCAAAGGCAUUGUUGACGGUACAGCAGAUCUUGCUGCGGACGCAUAUUCAUUCUUUGGCACAAGCCGAAGCGGCGGGUAACGCUACGCCGCGGCCCCUCCACAAAUCGUCUCAUCAACCGCCGAGCGUCAUCCCCUCCGACGCGGAGCUCGACGAGGUCCUUCCGUCCAACCCGAAAGACCCCAAAAGAAAAGCGCGAAGAAUGAGGUUGAGAGAGUUGAGAGUGGUGCAGGAGAGAGCGCUGAUCGAAGACGGAGGUGAAGGAUGGCCGGGAAAGAAGUUAAGUUGGGAGCAAUUACUGAAGGGACAUGUGUAG